AUGGAAUCCAAUAUACUGUUUGAAGUGUGUGGCACAAUUGAAAAGAUUGACGAAUGUUUAACCAUCGACAACUUAUCUACAGGAAAUGAAUGUUCGGAUGAUGUAUUAUACACUGCUUAUUGUCCUACAAAUAAAGAGGAUCAAAAGGGACAAUGUGUGACAAAUGGUGAAAAAAUUAGUGCUGGGUUUAUAUGGUUGUUAACGAUGCUCGAGGCUCUUAAUGAGGAGUGUCCUGAAAAUGAAAAAGACCAUUAUUUUGAAUAUGCUAUUUUAUGGUUAAGUUCUAAAGGUAAUAUAAUUAAGCCUGGUGCGUAUGUUAGUAUAGAUGGUAUUUAUGAUAUUCUUGAAAGAAAUAAUUCCUCUUGGUAUAAUCAAUUUCGUGAUAAACUAAAUGAAAAAAAAAAAUCAAUGAAUUUUAGUAAUUACCAUAUGUGUAAUCUAUAUAAAUUACUUAAUGAAUUAUGUACUCUAAUUACUAAAUAUAACCACGAUAGAUCAAACCCAGAAGCAUAUUUAGGAUAUGCUAAUAAUUUUGCUGAAACAUAUAAAAAUUAUGUUACGAACUCCUCUAAGGUUCAAAAUUGCGAAUCAUAUUGUGAUGUGCUGUCUACUUUAAAAAGUGAAUAUGAUAAUUUUAAAGAAGAAAAUAAAGAUCUAGAAGGUAAACUUCCUGAAAUCAAUGAAACAGAAACUUGUAAGGAUUUAUGUAAACAAAAAAAACAAAAAACAGAGAAUGAUAAGGGUAUAGGAGAUGGAUUGGAUGAUGGGAAAGUAGAUAUAGAUGACGGAACAGAUGAUAAUCAAAGAAAUCAAGAAGAAUCAAGAAAUGGACAAGGUGCCACAGAUAGUGUUCCAGGAGAAAAAGAAACUAAAAGUACACCAGGAAUAACUUUUUAUAUUGGUCAAUUCGUUUAUACGAGCGUAUUAAAUAGCACUUUCAAUUUUGUUGAAACAUAUAAGGAACAAAUUAUAAAUAUCUCUAAAGGAAUCCCUGAUGUAUAUAAUAAAACUUUAAAUAUUAUAAAAAAUGGUUUCAGUAAAUCUACUAAUUUUUUUAAUGAAAUUAUUGGGAGUAUAAGCUCCAGCUCUAAAAAGGUAGAAAUAUCUGGUAGUUCAGGCAAUAAAAGGCAGGAAUUAGACGGCGCAGGGGAUGAAUCACCCUCAUCUGAUGACUCAUCAUCACCUCAAAAACAUACACUCCAAGCUUCAUCAUCAUCAAGUUCUACGGAACAAACUAAAACAUCAGAAUCGUCUCAGGGCCCAACUGUAAAAACAAAUUCUGAUCAAACGGAUCAAGAAAAACCUCAAGCACAAGUGCCAAAAUCAGUGAUUAAACUAAAAAAUCCAGUAACCGAAGUAACAGGGAAUGGAACAAAAGGAAUAGAUGUUAAUAUACUCAAAAGAUACAAAUCAAUUGGAAUUUCAAUUAUAAUGUUUUUAAUACCCAUUACUUUAUUAAUUUUAUACAAGUAUUUUCCAUUUGGAUGGAGAAAGGAAUUGAAGAAAAAAAAAAACAUGAAAAAGGUUAUAAAUAUGUUUGGUGCAAAUGAAACGACAAAAAGAGUUAUAAACACAACUGAUCGAAAAAAACAAGUGCAAAUAAUUAUAAAUUCAUCUACUCAAAAAAAACAGGAUAAAAAGGUUACAAAUUCAUCUAUUCAAAAAAAACAGGACAAAAAGAUUACAAAUUCAUCUACUCAAAAAAAACAGGAUAAAAUGCUUACAAAUUCAUCUACUCAAAAAAAACAGGACAAAAAGUUUACAAAUUCAUCUACUCAAAAAAAACAGGACAAAAAGAUUACAAAUUCAUCUACUCAAAAAAAACAGGACAAAAAGUUUACAAAUUCAUCUACUCAAAAAAAACAGGACAAAAAGUUUACAAAUUCAUCUACUCAAAAAAAACAGGACAAAAAGUUUACAAAUUCAUCUACUCAAAAAAAACAGGACAAAAAGUUUACAAAUUCAUCUACUCAAAAAAAACAGGACAAAAAGAUUACAAAUUCAUCUACUCAAAAAAAACAGGACAAAAAGUUUACAAAUUCAUCUACUCAAAAAAAACAGGACAAAAAGUUUACAAAUUCAUCUACUCAAAAAAAACAGGACAAAAAGAUUACAAAUUCAUCUACUCAAAAAAAACAAACUAAACAGUUUAUAUAUUCCAUUUAUUGGGAAAAAUAUCCAUUAUUAAAUAUACAUAAACUUAUGAAGACCGAUUCUGCACCAUUUAUUAUUUUAUUUUGGUUGUUUAUUUUUUAUGUUUAUAAAAGAAAAGGCUAUUCUUUAGAAUAA